GGAUAUAAAUCAAAUAUGAUUGAUAUUAUGUUUUUGUGUUGUAAAAUUGACAUUCUGUGGCGGGGGAUAUGGAUAGGAUCUCUUAGAUACUGGUACGAGCGUAAUAAAGCUGACCUCUCUGUUUCUAACUCUGCUGUUUGGAACGACGAUGCUGUUUCUGGAGCUCUUGAUAGCGCUGCCUUCUGGGUCAAGGGCUUGCCUUUCAUUAAAUCUUUGUCUGGUUAUUGGAAGUUUUUUCUGGCUCCAAACCCUACAAGUGUUCCUGUAAAUUUUUAUGAUUGUUCAUUUGAGGAUUCUGAUUGGCAAACUUUGCCUGUGCCUUCCAAUUGGCAGAUGCAUGGAUUUGAUCGACCUAUUUAUACCAAUUUGAUAUAUCCUUUUACGCUUGAUCCUCCUCAUGUUCCAGAAGAUAAUCCCACAGGCUGUUACAGGACAUAUUUCCAAAUUCCUCAGGAGUGGCAGGGUAUGUCAUGUUUGAAUGUGAUGAUAGUUUUGAGAGACUGUUGUUUGUUCUUGUUAAGUAAUAACUUUUUUCAAGAAUUAGUCAGUCAAGAUAGUAGACUACCUGCUGAGUUUGAAAUUUCUGAUUAUUGUUAUCAAUGUGAUUCGGGCAAGAAGAAUGUUCUUGCUGUUCAAGUUUAUAGAUGGAGUGAUGGGACUUACCUUGAAGAUCAAGAUCAUUGGUGGUUGUCUGGUAUUCAUCGGGAUGUGCUUCUUUUAGCAAAGCCACAGGUAUUUGUUGCAGACUACUUUUUUACAUCAAAACUGGCGGAGGACUAUUCUUCUGCUGACAUACAGGUUGAAGUGAAAAUAGAUAAUUCUAAGGAAAUUUCCAAAGAUCGUGUUCUCGACAAUUUCAUCAUAGAAGCUGAAAUCUAUGACACUGCCAGCUGGUAUGAUCAGGAGGGAUAUAUGGAUCUUCUUUCAUCUAAGGCUGCUAAUAUAAGGCUCAAUCCAUCCCCUACAAGACUUCUAGGAUUUCAUGGUUAUGUGCUUUCAGGGAAACUGGAAACACCCAGGCUUUGGUCUGCAGAGCAGCCCAAUCUUUAUGUUCUCGUUAUUAUCCUGAAAGAUGCAUCUGGGCACAUAGUUGACUGUGAAUCAUGCCUUGCUGGCAUCCGUCAAGUAUCAAAAGCAACCAAACAGCUUCUUGUUAAUGGCCAGCCAGUUAUAAUAAGAGGUGUGAACAGGCAUGAGCAUCAUCCACGAUUGGGGAAAACUAAUAUAGAAUCUUGCCUGGUUAAGGAUCUUGUUAUUAUGAAACAAAACAAUAUAAAUGCAGUAAGAAACAGCCAUUAUCCCCAACAUCCACGCUGGUAUGAACUGUGUGAUUUGUUUGGCAUGUACAUGAUUGAUGAAGCCAACAUUGAGACACAUGGUUUUGAUCUUUCUGGACAUCUGAAGCAUCCUACUAAAGAACCAAGCUGGGCUGCUGCAAUGCUGGAUCGUGUGGUAGGGAUGGUGGAAAGAGACAAAAAUCAUACGUGCAUAAUUUGUUGGUCCUUAGGAAAUGAGUCCAGCUAUGGUCCUACCCAUUCUGCCAUGGCUGGUUGGAUUCGAGGAAAGGAUCCUUCGCGACUAGUACACUAUGAAGGAGGGGGAUCUAGGACCCAAUCUACUGAUAUUGUUUGCCCAAUGUACAUGCGUGUUUGGGACAUUGUUAAGAUUGCAAAUGACCCAAAUGAAGCACGUCCUUUAAUAUUGUGCGAGUAUUCACACGCAAUGGGGAAUAGCAGUGGGAAUAUAUUUGAGUAUUGGGAAGCAAUUGAUAGCACUUUUGGUCUCCAAGGAGGUUUUAUUUGGGAUUGGGUUGAUCAGGGUCUGCUGAAGGAUAAUGCUGAUGGAAGCAAACAUUGGGCAUAUGGAGGUGACUUUGGGGAUACUCCUAAUGAUUUAAACUUCUGUCUAAAUGGCCUUCUGUGGCCAGACCGAACUCCUCAUCCUGCAUUACACGAAGUUAAGCAUGUGUAUCAACCAAUCAAGGUUUCAUUAAGGGGAGGCACAUUGAAGAUAACAAACACCAACUUUUUUGAAACAACACAAGGACUGGAAUUCAGCUGGGCUAUUCAUGGGGAUGGAUACCAACUUGGAUCUGGAAUUCUGUCUCUUCCCUUGAUAAAACCGCAAGGCAGUUUUGAUGUGGAAUUGGAUUCAGGUCCAUGGUGUUCUGUGUGGACUUCCUCAACUGCGGAAGAGUGUUUUAUAACAAUAACUUCUAAGCUUUUGCAUUCCACGAGCUGGGUUGAGCAUGGGCAUACCAUCUCAUCUACCCAAGUUCAGUUGCCUGCCAAAAGAGAGCGUAUACCUCAUGUCAUAAAAGACAAGGGUACUACUAUCUCCAGUGAAACUUAUGAGGAUAAAAUAAAGCUUUUUAGUCAGCAGAACCUUUGGGAGAUACAGUUCAAUGUUCAAACAGGAGCUCUUGAAAGCUGGAAGGUUCAAGGAGUCACUGUGAUGGAAAAUGGCAUAUUACCGUGCUUCUGGCGAGCACCAACUGAUAAUGACAAAGGGGGAUGUGCAAGAAGUUAUUACUCUAGGUGGAAAGAUGCUCAUAUGGACAAGCUUGUUUUCCUCACAGAGAGCUGUUCCAUACAGGAUAAGAAGGAUGAACUAGUGAAAAUAGCUGUAGUUUACCUUGGUGUAACAAAGGGUGAAGAUGGUUCAUUCACUGAAUCUGAAAGAUCGAGUGUUCCAUUCAAAGUUGAUAUGGUUUACACGAUCUAUGGUUCUGGAGACAUUAUUAUGGAAUGUGAUGUAAAUCCAAGCUCUGGUCUUCCACCUUUACCCCGCGUGGGAGUGGAAUUUCACAUUGAAAAAUCACUAGAUCAGAUUACAUGGUAUGGAAAAGGACCAUUUGAGUGUUACCCGGAUAGAAAAGCAGCAGCUCAUGUUGGCAUCUACGAGCAAACUGUGGGUGACAUGCAUGUUCCUUACACUGUUCCUGGGGAAUGUGGAGGAAGGGCAGAUGUUAGAUGGGUGACACUUAGAAACAAUGAUGGAAUCGGAGUUUAUGCUUCAAUCUAUAGGAGUGCUCCUCCUAUGCAAUUGAGUGCGAGUUACUACACAACUGCAGAGCUCGACAGAGCAACACACAACGAAGAGCUUAUCAAAGGAGAUAACAUUGAGGUGCAUCUUGACCACAAACAUAUGGGUCUGGGUGGAGAUGAUAGCUGGACACCCAGUGUCCACGAUAAGUAUCUGAUUCCUCCCGUGCCGUAUUCCUUCUCAAUGAGGUUUUCUCCGAUCACUGGUUCCAACUCGGGCUACGACAUCUACAAAUCUCAAGUUCAAAACUGAAAUCCUUUUUGAGCCUGUGGUACCGAAUACUUUGUUGGACGAUAAGUAUUUAACUCAGCAACGAUCAUCCGUGAUUUGUAGAAGUUAUAUCAGGUUGCCUAUGAACCCUGAAAACGUGUAGAAGUUUUAUUUCUAUUUAUUUUGAAAUUACUUCAUGCAUAAAGCCUGGAUAUGAGCUACUUGCUUUCACUAUCUUGCACAGGUACGUUUUUAAACUCCUGGAUUGAACCUAAGAAAGAUGCAUAAAGCUUGAAUCAUUGGAACA